AGUGGAGACGAAUGUCGAUGCGAAUGCAUUGCAGGGCAAGGUAUACGACCGAUCUCGGAAGUAUAGACAUACGUCGGAUGUUGGUAUAUGAGCUUCUACCAUGGCGCCGCUGGAUGUAGCUUCAGCGUUCUGCGAACGCGUCACGUCAGUUCUACUUACCCGCAUCGACGCCAUUAUGGGCCACACCAGCAUGGCUCAGCGACUACUCACCACCUUUGCGGUGCUCACCAGCGUAACGGCCACAUACAACACAUCAUCUCAAGUCACGCUUCCUGGCUACGGUACCUUUGCCGGCACCACGGUCUCGCAAACAUUGACGAAGAAACCUCUACCGCGCGCCGUAGACGCCUGGCUCGGUAUCGACUAUGCUUCUCAGCCCAUCGGAGAGGCAAGGUUUACGCCUGUUGGCGCGCCAGAGCCUUUCGACGGGGUCAAGAACGCGAGUAGUUAUGGAUACUCCUGCUUCCAGGAUCCACUGGAUAUCACGUAUGAGAUGGAUGAGGCUUGCUUGAGCAUGAACGUCUUUAGACCACAGGGCGUCGCGGAUGACGCGAAACUACCGGUGCUAAUCUGGAUUCAUGGUGGGGGUUUCGUUGCUGGCAGUGCGAGGAGCUUUGAUGGUGCUUCUUUUGUGGCUAACUCAAAGGAGCCGCUGGUUGUUGUUAAUUUUAAUUACAGAGUCAAUUCUCUGGGCUUCCUCCCCUCCCCAGUCUUUGAGCGCGAAGGACUUCUCAACCUUGGCCUUCGCGACCAGGAGACACUGUUCGAAUUCGUUCAAAAGUACAUUUCGGCUUUUGGCGGUGAUGCGUCUCGCGUCACUAUUGGAGGUCGCUCGGCUGGUGCGCACUCAGUCGGUAUCCAUCUCUUCCACAACUACAACACCACCGAGGGCGCCGCGCCACUCUUCUCCAAGGCUCUUCUCCAGUCGGGAAGUGUGACUGCCCGAGCUUUCCCCAAUGCAUCUUACCCGCUGUACCAGCAGCAGUUUGCGCAAUACCUGAGCUACACGGGAUGCAGUGCAGUAGCCAACAGCACCGACACCGAAAUACUCAGCUGCCUACGUUCCGCUCCCAUCGAUGCCAUCCAGAACGCCAGUGCCCUGCUGUGGCGCGCCUCAGAAUACCCCAUCACAUGGCCCUUCCAACCCACGCGGGGCGGCCCUCUUCUAGAGCAAGCAGGCUCAACGUCCGGAAUCAACGAACAAUUCUACCGCAUCCCCACUAUCACAACAAACGUCCCCGACGAAGCGAAGUACUACUCCCCAGGCGACAUUUCCACGAACGAAGAAUUCCUCGCCUUCAUGAAGAACCUGAUCCCCGGCCUAACCACUGAUGAUCUAUCUGAUCUCGAGGAGCUUUACCCUGACCCAGCGGACGACAUCAACGGCCCUUACGUCCACAGCCCCAACUCUACACAGUACAACCGCCUCUCCGCCGCUCUUACCGACUACAUGUACGUAUGCCCCGGCCAAGAAACCGCCAUGCGCAUGUCGUCCGCUUCAGUCCCCGUCUACAAACUCGUCUUCGCCGUAAACAACACCUUCCCCACUUGGAAAGGUAUACCUCACACCGCCGACACAAAGUACACGUGGGCUGAACCGGCCGGUGCGGGGGGUGUGCAGUACCCCGAGGUUGGCAAGGAGUUACUCAAUGCGUAUUUCUCUGACUUUGUGGCGCUGGGCGAUCCGAAUGCGGGGAAUAGGACUGGCGUGCCGGUUUGGCCGAAAUACGAAGAUGGAGGUGAGGGGAGGCCGGGGUUGCAGUUAAGGAUGGAGCCGUUUGGCAAUAGUAGGGUUGAGGGGGAUGGGAUUAGGAGGAGGCAGUGUGAGUGGUGGAGGGAUGAGAAGAGGGCUGGUAGACUGGAGAAGUAGGAGUAGAUACUUGACUUCAGCACAGUCUUUCAAACGCUUCGAGGGCAUUAUUGUCAGGAGAUUUAUGCAUCUCAGAUUCCCGUAG